GCCCAAUCCAAACAAACCCAACAACAUACCCUUCAAUCAAAAUGUCUUCCUCCCAAUCCACAUAUACUUUCUUCCGAAUCCCCAAAACCGAUUCCAUCCACACCUCCGCCCAAAAAUACCGAUCCCUCCGCCUCCAAGCCCUAACCCUCUCCCCGAGGUCCUUCUCAUCCACAUACGAAAUCGAAUCCGCAUUCACCGAGACAGACUGGAUCGAUCGUCUCACCGUCCCCGAUCGUGAAGUCUUUAUUUGCGCCGCCACCACCACCACUAGCAGCAUAACCACCAACGAAUGGAUCGGCCAAGUUACUCUCCGUGGCCCAUCCUCCGCCACUGCCUUCGAACUCCCCCCCGAAGCAGGCCAACCGGCGCAACGGAGCGACGACAAGGAAGAGCGCUGGCAGAUGCUUAGUUUGUUUACGCUUCCAGAGCACCGUGGCCAGGGCCUAGGGGGGAAAUUGUGCCAGGCGGCGCUGGAUUGGCUGAGUAGUCGAGAUGGGGUAGCACCAAGGAUUCAGGUCAGGCUUAUUGUGAAGGCGGGGAAUGAUGUGACGAUUGCGUUGUAUCGGAGGCUGGGGUUUGUGCAUACGGGACGGGCGACGUUGGUGGAGGCGUUGAUUGCUAAUGGGGAUGAGCAUUUGGUUCCGGUGGAGAGUGAGGAGACGGUGGCAAUGUUUAGGGAGAGGAGGGGGUUGGUUAUGAAGAAGAGCUAA